GGGGACAGAACCCCGAAGUUCAUUGACCGUGUUAAGGACAAACGUAAUCCCAACCACGAGACCUAAAUCGCCUAACGUUAGGUACGGUAUAUGCACACACUACCUAGGUAUACACUUAAUUUUAUGUGAGUGUGUACGGUUUGCCUGGGUUCUUGGAUACAUCAGGUAAGGGCUCUGAGUUUCUAUCUAUUAAAAAAAGACUGGGAGGAUAUGCCCGUCGAAACGACCUGGUACCUACCCGUGGUGGGUAACGCUCAAACCGCUACGCCUCUGUAUAAAAAUUUAUACUAGGUGUUUGGGUGUGUACCUAGGAUGUAGUUAGGACGUUCUACAGUGAUCGCCCGGUUGCCUACCUACCUUAGGUAGGUAGGUACAUGUUGGUGGAAUCAUGGACAAGCUCAGUUACGAAGUACUCAACCUCAUUGCGGCUUACCUCUACGUCAGACCAUGGAAUUAUUUCAGUACACCAGAUCCUGAACGAAAGUCACGGAUGCUCUACCCCACCAUCUCACGAGAAUGGCAACACACGGCCGAACGGUGGACUUUUGAGCGCAUCAGAUUUACAUCUAACGAACUCACCACAUUUGCUAGCCUUUUUGCCGAACCCCGGCGACGCGCACUUUUACGCCGCCUGGGAUAUACCGUUUUACUUCCGACGUUUGGCGAUUCCCGUCACGACUUUGCGAGGAACCAGGCUGCCUUCACGGAUGCUAUUCAGGGGCUUCUAAACAUAUUAAAGGACUGGGAGAGCGAAGAUGUUGGGAGUCUUGAGCUUCAGAUCUCUACUGAUUGGGAUGUCGAUCAAUCUACAGGACCUAUCACUUUUGACUUUACAGUCCAAAACUCGAGUUCAAUUAGAAGAUUCCUCACACUUGACGGAAAGGAAUUGCCCAAGGUGCGGUGUGUAACCGCCUUCAUAAUCGAAAAUAGUAGUCCGGGCCGUGCGUUGCACCCGACAGCUAUAUGCCAACUUUCCAACGUCUUCCCACAGCUAGAAAGGUUAGAACUUGAUGUUGAAGAUCCGAUGAACAAACGGAGGGAAAUGCGCAAAGAACACCGUCGCGCACUUGCUGCUGGUCUUCUAGCGCUCGACCUACCGAGGCUUACAUAUCUACGUAUAUCUCGCCAGACCAACACAACGGUUCGUAACCACAGCUUUGACUGUGGAAAUCUUGAGGAUGAUGGUAUUGAUCCCCUGAAUGAUGCUCUCAGGAAACUAUCACAGUCUUCCCCACUAGUGCACUUGGAGUUAAUUGGAGGUAUCCUCGUCUCAUCUGACCUCUUCCUAGACCGCCGCGCCCACGGUCAUGACUCUUCGGUCUGGCCCACCCUGCGGUCUUUUCGCAUUCAAGCUGAGAUUAUCGCGCCAAAUGGGAAAUGGUAUUACACCGGAGACCCCAAAGCUGUUGAGGCCGAGCCGAUUUCUUAUUACAGUUCAUCUGAUGACGAGGACGCUAUGGAUAGUUCGACCGAGCCCGAAGAUGAUGAAAGUAGGGAUGCUGUCGCGAAUGGUCGCGAGCCCACCCAUGAGUGGCGUGUGCAACCUGAUCCGAAUACUUUUAACCCACUGGCAGAAAGCAUGGCAGAUGCUGUACUUAGGAUGCCGCGGCUUGCAUCGGGCACUCUGGAAAUUGAGGCGUACACGGGUCAAUAUGUGGAUCUGAUAUUAAUAUGUGCGGAAGCGGGUGAAGAUUUUAUACGCGCACCAGGCUCACAAUUUGGAAGCCCGGAAGAUAAACGAGUAAGGCGGUGGCAUGUAUGGGUCGGUCCCGAUACGAAAUGGGAGGCACCGGUAGAGGUAAAAACGAAAUGGAGAGAAUGGUUAGGGGAGAACGGAAAAGCUACGAGUAGUAUAUUUUCAUUAUAAAGAUGAACCUGCGUUGAAUAUCCGAGCCCUACACCAUGGAUAAAAAACGAAACUCUAUUUAAUACGACCAUCAGUAUAAUAUUAUCAAAAUACUAAGGCGGUCUUUGCCCACGAUAGGGGAAGCUGAAAAUCGCUGGGUACUUGAGGUUUCCGCAACACCUACACAAUCUCCCCAUCCAUUAGGAAAUCCCACAAUUGAAUAUUUUUCAACCUGUUGGUGCUCUGGUUGGCGCAUCAACCCACUCCGCAAUGUUCUCUAACAAAGAGUUAGGGUAGGAUUUGUGGGUUUGGAUUUCUUUGUUGGUU